AUGUCGGGCGACAAACUUCUGAGCGAACUCGGCUAUAAGCUGGGCCGCACAAUAGGCGAGGGCAGUUAUUCCAAGGUAAAGGUGGCUACAUCCAAGAAGUACAAGGGCACAGUGGCCAUCAAGGUGGUGGACCGGCGGCGCGCGCCGCCCGACUUCGUCAACAAGUUCCUGCCACGAGAGCUGUCCAUCCUUCGGGGCGUGCGGCACCCGCACAUCGUGCACGUCUUCGAGUUCAUCGAGGUGUGCAACGGGAAGCUGUACAUCGUGAUGGAGGCGGCCGCCACCGACCUACUGCAGGCCGUGCAGCGCAACGGGCGCAUCCCAGGGGGGCAGGCGCGCGACCUCUUCGCGCAGAUCGCCGGUGCUGUGCGCUACCUGCACGACCACCACCUGGUGCACCGCGACCUCAAGUGCGAAAACGUGCUGCUGAGCCCUGAUGAGCGCCGCGUCAAGCUUACCGACUUCGGCUUCGGCCGACAGGCGCACGGCUACCCGGAUCUAAGCACCACAUAUUGCGGCUCAGCCGCCUACGCAUCGCCCGAGGUACUCCUGGGCAUCCCCUACGACCCCAAGAAGUACGACGUGUGGAGCUUGGGCGUCGUGCUCUACGUCAUGGUCACCGGGUGUAUGCCCUUUGACGACUCCGAUAUCGCUGGCCUGCCCAGGCGCCAGAAGCGCGGCGUUCUCUACCCUGACGGCCUCGAGCUGUCCGAACGCUGCAAGGCCCUGAUCGCCGAGUUGCUGCAGUUCAGCCCGUCGGCUAGGCCCUCCGCCGGCCAAGUAGCGCGCAACGGCUGGCUGCGUGCUGGGGACUCCGGCUAG